AUGCCACCGCGAAGGAGGGACGACUCGACGAUCAUCAUCGAUGUGAACCCGAUGCACAGAAUCCCGCUGAUGAUCGUCAACGUGGUGGUCUUCGCAUUCUGUUCCAUCGUCGUCUUUGCCUGCAUUUACACCAUCGUGGAGCGGUACGACGAGAUCUCAUUCCGCCAUCGGUCGCUUCUCAUCAGCUUCGUGGUGAACACCGAGGUGUCCGCGUUGUCCGCGUCCGGCCUGCUGCACAUCAUCAGCUUCAUGGGCUUCAUGGGCGCGCUGCGCGAGAACGUGUGCCUUCUGCGCUGGUACCUGUGGGGGAUCUGCGCCCUCCUCACGCUGGACAUAACCUUCAUCAUCGGGUGCUUCAUCGUGCCGUUCCUCAGCAAAGGCAGUGCGCAAAGCGUGUUCAACAUCGACCUCAUUACCAGCUAUCGGGACAACAUGGACUAUGCACGACUCGUCGAUUACACGCAGGUACGCUACGGCACUCUGCCUCGCAGGUGA